AAAGAGGAGGAGGAGGAGGAGGCGGAGGAGGAGAGGAGCCGGCACGGCCCAGGCCUGCAGCCCGUGAGGAAGAGCCCCCCGGGGGCGGGCCGCGCCGGCAUGCGGCUCCCCGGCCGGCUCGCCCUGCUCCGCAGCACGCCCCUGGCUGCCCGGCCGCCAGGGAGGCUCCGAACGGGGCGGGCGGCGGCGCGGCGCGGCUUCUCCCGCGGGCGGCUCGGCGGCACCAUGGCAGAGGAGGCCAAGAAGCGGGCCGCCUUCGCCGCCGUGGACAAGCACGUCCAGAACAAUCAAGUUCUUGGGAUCGGGAGCGGAUCUACGAUUGUACACGCGGUGCAACGAUUAGCUGAGCGAGUUAAGGAGGAGAACCUGACAAUUGUCUGCAUCCCUACAUCCUUUCAGGCCCGUCAGCUGAUCCUGCAGAAUGGCUUACCACUGAGUGACUUGGACCGAAAUCCAGAGCUUGAUGUUGCCAUUGAUGGAGCAGACGAGGUGGAUUCUGACCUCAACCUUAUCAAAGGUGGCGGUGGCUGCUUGACACAGGAGAAGAUAGUUGCAGGAUUUGCAAAGUGCUUCAUUGUUAUUGCUGAUUACAGGAAAAAAUCUGACAGCCUCGGGGAGCAGUGGAAGAAGGGAGUUCCAAUCGAGGUCAUCCCCAUGGCUUAUGUCCCUGUCACCAGGGCCCUGACCAAGAAAUUCGGCGGUGUCGUGGAGCUGCGGAUGGCUGUUAACAAAGCAGGCCCUGUGGUGACCGACAACGGGAACUUCAUCCUGGACUGGAAGUUUGACAAGGUCCACGAGUGGCGUGAAGUGAACACCGCUAUAAAGAUGAUACCAGGCGUGGUGGAGACGGGGCUGUUCAUCGACAUGGCACAGGUGGUGUAUUUUGGGAUGGAGGACGGCUCUGUCAGCCUCAGGGAGAGGCAGCCCUGCUGACAGGGCCCUGCCAUGGGCACUCGGCCAUCCUGACUGUGCCAACCCCGACGUUUUGCCUUAAGGAGCGGCGGCUGUCGCAGGAGACCCGCGGGAGCGCCCAUCGCAGCCCGCUGGCGUGAUACUGAAUGUCUUCUUUUUUUAAACAAACAAACAAACCACGUGAACAAAGAAACAAACAGAAAAUAGAUUCUAUUUAUAUAUAUAUAUAUUUUUACUUUACAGGAAUGUCGUCUUUUUUUAAUGAGUCGUUUCAACGAAUUGCUUUAACGUUUUUAUUUUCUUUUCUAAGAAAUACUUACCAAAACAUUACUCCCUGGUUUUGUGUUUGGAGGGUUGUUGUUUUUUUUUUUCUUUUUUUUUCAAAGAGAACUUGAACCCUUCUGGUUGCUCAUAGUGCUUAAUGAUGGAAGUCAGAAAUACAAUCCUAAUGCAUCAUUCCUAACUAUCCUGGCUGGGAGGGUGAUGUAUGUAACAGGAGCACAUCCAGUUGGGACCUGCUGAUGCCUUAUUUGGAACCUUUUUGGUUCAGUAUUUUAUGCCUUUUAUUUUUCUAUACCACUGUUUUUUAAUAGUUCAGGAUGUCUGGUUGUCCUCUGUGCACCAUGACAAUUCUCUGAGCCUAGGGUGGUUCUACAUCUCCCUUUCUGGGACAUUAAUAAGGGCCUUUUCUGGGCUUCUGAAUGGAGGAGACAUUCAUCCUUUGAGCCAAACUCUGCUCUUAUUUAAUUCAGUACCUCUGAUUAAAGUCUGUCCUGUAGCUGGAGAUGUUUGGGACUUCGUCCUUGUAGACCAAGAGCAGAACUGGGUGCUUGAUGAAGUUUACAGGAGCAUAUUUUAGCAGCUUAGGGCAGUAUGGAAUAGUGUUCAGUGGCAAAUAAUUUGGUUUGGAAUAAAGGUUAAUCAUCCCCCCUCACGGCUGGUUGAUUUGUGGAAGGAUAGAGCAGAACACACAGGAAAGUGGAGUCUUCCUGCCUAAAUUUUCCACGUGUAGCAGGAGAGAGACACUCGUUCAAAAUCUCAUUUUUGGUGUAUAGGUGCUUUGCAUGGUUCUGAUGUCGAAAUGCAAGCCCUCUCUGUGUUUUAGACACUGAAAUAAAGAGCUGUUAUACAAGA